AUGGCCAAAGGAGCGCGAGCAAGUGUGAGGAAGGCCAACAAUACUAGGCUUAAGCAGAAUGUCUUUGGACCGAUUGAGACUGCCCGCGUGGAGAGACUCUCGGCAAAGCUUCUUGAGUUGGCCGCGCAGCCAAAGCCAAAGCCCGCUGAGGAGGACACAGAUAUCGCCAUGGUAGCAGAAGAAGGCACCGCAAAAGCCAGCAAUGAAACCCCUCCGGUCGAAAAUACGCUGACGCAAGAUAUGGAAAUCGAUGGGGAUGCCGGGAAAGGCAGUGCUCCCUCGAAUCCGUCCAAAAAGGGCCGAGGUUUCUUUCCCUACAAGCCCUUUCUCUCCGGCCUAGCAGAAUAUGAGCCCCUCCAAUAUGGCGUUCCGCCGGAGGCCCCCUUCGACAAAGUUAUUUUCAUGGUGGUGGAUGCUCUUCGAAGUGAUUUUGUUUACUCGGGACUCUCUGGCUUCGGAUUUACUCAAAGCUUGAUAUCCUCAGGGGCAGCGAUCCCCUUCACAGCGCAUGCAACCUCCCCUACGAUUACAAUGCCGAGAAUCAAAGCUAUUACCACUGGUUCUAUACCGUCGUUUCUGGAUGUCAUUCUUAAUUUCGCCGAGUCAGAUACCAGCUCGAGCCUUGCAACACAGGAUACAUGGCUUGCACAAUUGAAGGCCAAAAAAACAGGCAAAAUGGUCAUGUAUGGCGAUGAUACUUGGCUUAAGCUCUUCCCGGAUUUUUUUGACCGAGCAGAUGGAACCACAAGUUUCUUCGUUUCGGAUUUUACGGAAGUGGACAAUAAUGUUACUAGACAUGUCCCGGAAGAACUUGCAAACAAUGACUGGAACACCAUGGUGCUGCAUUACCUCGGUCUGGACCAUAUUGGGCAUAAGGCAGGACCUCGAAGUCCCAAUAUGAUUCCGAAGCAGCGUGAGAUGGAUGGCAUUGUCACCCAAAUAUAUCAAGCCAUAGAGAGUAAAGAUCACCUCCAGUCAACCCUUCUCGUACUCUGCGGAGAUCACGGCAUGAAUGAUGCUGGCAACCAUGGCGGCUCUGCCCCUGGGGAAACAUCUCCCGCCCUCGUUUUCAUAUCUCCGAAGCUCAAACCUAUAAGCUCGGGAUUCGCUGCCCCAGCUCCAUUUGAGGAUGACUUCCAAUAUUACUCUACUGUUGAGCAAUCAGAUAUAGCUCCCACAUUAGGAGCUCUUCUCGGCUUUCCAGUGCCUCGGAACAACCUUGGGGCGCUCAUUCCUGCCUUUCUUCCGUUCUGGCCAAAGAAAAAUGAUAAAAUCCAAAUCUUGCUAAGAAACGCGAAGCAAAUUAUGAAUGUUGUUACCGCAACGUUCCCCUCGUUUGAGGGGGACGGACCUGCAUCGAACUGCCAUGAGUCUAAAAGCAACGUUGAUGAGCUUGCAUGCCGGUGGAGAGGCAUCACGCAAAGCCUACCGCAACCUAAUGAUGAUGAUCAGGAAUGGCUAAAGCAUGCCCAAGAAUUAAUGAGUAGUACGGCGAGCAACUACGAGGUAAAAAAACUGGUAUGCGGCCAGGUUCUUGCUGCUCUAUCUCUUUUAUACGCGGUGGCGGCAGCAUUCCCAACCAUUGCUACUGCUUUACGAACCAGCUCCCCAUUUAUUGGAAUAGCUCUAUCAUACGCCAUUAUGAUGUUCGCCAGUAGUUACGUGGAAGAAGAACAACACUUCUGGUAUUGGGCUACCACCGCUUGGUUGAUGCUACUUUGGAUAAAAUGUAAACGAAAGCAGCAGUUUAGGCUUCGCCUUGUUGAUCUUAGCACAAUCAUACUACUUGCUACAACCCGAGUUGUUAGACGCUGGAACCAGACUGGCCAAAAGUUUGCUGGUGAAUCCGAUAUAGCCAAGACCUUUUUCUUCGAACAUAGAUAUUUCUUUUGGUUUCUGGUAGCCAUCACUUAUUUAUGGAAUCUCCAAGCCCUGGCUAGUGUUAGUUUCCCUCGAUUUCCACAAGUUGUCGCUGGAGCGAUUGCCGCAACCUUAGCCACAGCCGCUAUGACAUUCAAGCUUGCAUUCACAAAUGAAGACUCGCCUGAGCUUCUUGUUGGAUUUAUAAAAACGAUGGCUGGUAGUGAGAUGGGUGUCUCUCUGGUAACUCACGCAAGAGUUGUGUUUAUCACCAUCGGUAUCGCACUAGCCUAUACACUUGCCUCCAGUUUCAGCCAUAGGCGUCCCAACCCAACUAUGCGCACUGUACACAAUCUCCUGACUCUCUUCCUCAUCACCCAGUCCAGAGUAACGAAUAUCCCCCUCCUCCUCAUCUUCGAGGUGCAACUAUUGGUCCUCAACGACCUAGAUCUGAAUCUCAUCGAAAUAACGACUACCUCUCUCCUCAUGCAAUACAUGUCCUUCUUCGCGUUUGGCGGCUCCAAUGCGAUAUCGUCCAUCGAUCUUUCAAGCGCCUACAAUGGCGUCAGCGGCUACAACGUAAUAGCCGUUGGCAUUCUAACCUUCACCAGUAACUGGGUGGGUCCAAUAUUCUGGACCUCUGCCACUACUCUGAUGUUAUUGCGACUUAAAUCGAAAGGAGGGAAGAAUUUACUGCAUCAGCAUCUUGCCCUGCUUACGCUGUUUGUGACAGCGAGUCUCCUGUUUGUGAUGGCUGCUUGUACGGUAUUGAGGACGCAUCUGUUUAUUUGGACUGUGUUCAGUCCAAAGUAUUUGUAUAGUAUGGCGUGGGCCCUAGCACAACAUCUUGUUGUUAAUGUUGUCUUUGGGAGUGGGCUUUAUUGGCUGGGGACGAAGUAUUUAUAG